UAAAAGGAACUCACUCACUCACUCCUCUUGGACUCGGAAGAAUUUAGGGAAAGCAUCUCGAGUCGGCAAGUGUCUUCGCCAAAACCAAACAAACAAACACCCAAACACAAAACAUCCAAUCGCCUCUCAUGGCAAGCGCGUCACCUUACUCUCAAUCAUCCUCGCACACGCCCGGCCACGAGUCGCCGGCGAAGACACCCGAGUCACCCAUUCUUCCCGUCCCACAGGCGGAGACCAACAGAAACAGUCCUUCGAAACCUGUGUUACCCGGCAUCAUGACAGAUGCAUUUUCCAGACCUCAAGGCAGUCGCCCGCAGGUCAAAACCCCAGAGCCGCGCCUGUCCAGAGAUCGUUUAAACGGCCACAAAGACCCCGCCGAGAGAUCUCCGAGCACACCUGGACAUCUGGCACCCUUUGACUGGGACGAGUUCGAGGCUCGCUACGAAGAAGCGCUUGCCGACACCGAUCGCCAGGAGCAGGAACUCUUGCAAGAAUUUGAGGAACUCGUCAAGUUCUUCAAUGUUUGGGCCUCUGCUGCCUCGGUCAAUGACACUGAGCGCGGGAUAAAGAGACUCCAGACCAGGGAGCGAUACGUCAAGAUCGCUGAGCAGAGUCUGUCGCAGAAGAAGAAGCACCUCUCAGAGGUUGUCCGCGCCUUCCAGAGUGCGCUUGCGCUCCUGAGCCAAACCUAGCCUCCAACCACAAAAAACAUUGGUGGUUGGACAAGGCAGAAAAUCUCACUUUCCCUACCUCGGGGCACAUCCUCAAGACUCAGGGGCGUCAUUUACAACCACACAUCUUCCGGCGCGCACGGUCAGUGGUCAACAAGUCACGGCUGGCGGCGAACUGGGCAACUUUCUGGCGGGCUCAUCAGCUGAGGCGCCGGGCUCGGGUUCUGAGCAACACCACAAAACCAAUGCUCUUACCAAAUCGAUGAACCUAAGCCUAGCACAAAUUCCCUGGCUGCCAGAAAGCUACUAACCACCA